AUGAUUGGAUCGGCCGCGCAGCUGAGCACAACCAGUGACAAGCCUGCAACGGCUCAAACCAGCCAGGGAUCGACGAGUUCUCAGCGGCAGACCGAGCCAGAUGAGCUCCCGAGAGGCCCGAAGCACUCAUGGAGCCAGACAAAAAGCAGGUGGCUGCAUCACCCUUCAGCCAGUGAGAAGGCUGGCAAGAAUCUUCAUGCACUCGGCACCAGCUCUUCCAUUUCCGUCGUUAUGGCACGAACGAGUCAGCAGUCGCAGAGCAGUGAUCGCCCUGCACUUCCGAAACACCCAGGCCAGCAAGUGCAAACUCUCAGCGCUUGA